AUGAGCAAAGGCGAGAACGGUGUCGUAUUGCCUAUCAAACACCAGGUCCUACCCACCAGAAAAGACGACAGGGUGAUACUUCAUUUUGACUNNGUAGAUGACUGCUUUUAUGCUUCCGUUUUUGAAGCUGAGAAUCCAGCCUUAAAGGAGAAGCCUCUAGCUGUACAGCAAAAACAAAUCAUCGUACAUCUGCCAACACACAUUCUUGUGCCAAGGUAUCAGAGAGUACGAAAAGGCACUGACCAGAAAUCACGCAGGNUCACCUGUAACUAUGAAGCCCGAAGAAGAGGCUUGCGCAAGCUACAACUUAUCAAGGAUGCCAAAGAGAUAUGUCCAGAUGUUACCAUCGUACUCGGCGAAGAUAUCAGUCGUUUCCGAGAUGCCAGCAAGAUGCUGUAUCAGUUCCUCCGCGGCUUUUCCUGGAAUGACAGAGCAGAGAGAUUGGGAUUUGAUGAGGUGAAUCUCCUGUCAGUGUGA